GUGCAAGACACCAGCAGGGAGGCAGGGCGUGGGACAGAGGAGGCCUCCGUGCAUAUCCCACCUGCUGCUCGAACAUGGAAGAGGCCGUGGUGGUGAAGAAGGGCUUGCUCUAUCUGCUGCAGCACCAGACCUUUGGGAAGAAAUGGCGGAAGUUCUGGGGUGUGUUGUACAGAGAGUGUGCCUUUGCUGCAGCUUGCCUGGAGCUCCUGGAUGGCUCUCAACCUCCGUCCACAGAGAAGGCCAAGAAAGGAGACAGCACCAGGCGCCUCAUUAAGCUGGAUAACUGUGUGCAUGUGGCUGAGGCCAGUCAAGGAACCAGCAGUCCCAAGGAGACUGUCCCUUUCAUCCUUGAGACCACUGAGAAGUGUUACUUCUUGGCAGCUGAGAGAGCUGAGGCAGCUGACUGGAUUCUGGAGCUGUGUGAACAGGCUUUUGUGAGAAGCACUGAAGACUGCAGGGUGAUGUUUGAGAAGGACCUCCUGAAAGGCACUUCACCCGUUCUCUCGAUGGUAGAGAAUUCCCUGUACAGCCCCACCUGCAAAGCCGCUGAGAAGAGCUUUCCGGUGGCAGUGAGGGCAACAGAGGCCUCUGAGCGCUGUCGGCUGUGGGGCCGGUUUCUUCUUUGUGCCACAGCGGAUGCCUUGGAACUGUGUGGCCUGGAGAAGGUGGACGUGGUCUGUGCGUGGCCGUACAAGUUCCUGCGGAGAUUUGGUCAUGAUAAGGUAAUCUUCUCAUUUGAAGCUGGGCGGAGAUGCACUUCAGGGGAAGGCAGCUUUGAAUUUGCAACCAAGCAGGGCAAUGAGAUUAUCCAGGCCAUCGAAGCCGCCAUCAAUGCACAGAGAAAUUCAUGCCAGGGAGGCUCCCCCAACGCACUUUCAAGUGCCACCCUUCCUGCCAGGGCCACCAGCCAAGCCAUGUCUGAUGAAGGUGCCCGGGGAGGGGAGGACAUGGCACCUGAUGAAGGGCAAUCGUUCCAGGCACCAGGCACCACAUUCCUCUCAGUGGGGCGCAGCUGGCGAGGGAAGCCAGUGGAGGGCAAACGAGUGAAGCCCACUGUCAGCUGUCCCCUCUCCAACACCAAGCACCUGUUUAUGAAGUUGUCUGAUCCUCACCCUAGACACGGAUCCCAGUGUGGACCCUGGGGGUUGGAGCCAGCAGGAAGAGUGCCUCAGGUCGCAAGGGGAUUAGAGUCAGCGUAUGCAGACCCAUUUGAUACCAUCUCCAAAUCACUGGGGGGUACUGACGGCGGCAACUUCCCCCUGCCCAGCACUGAGGGGGCACCAGCUCCAUCUGCCUUGCGUUGCCGAACUGGAGGACUGGGCCUGGUUCCUGCCUCUACGGAGCUAGAGCAUAUAUACGAUGACCUGGAGGAUCUGGUCCACUUGGUUUAUGAUGAGCCCCAGGAAUUCAAGGGGGAGGCCUGGAAGCUGCAAGCCACUGUGAAGGACCCCGUUGGCCACGAAUAUCCCUACGACCCAAGCCUGGAUGAUUACUCUGUGCCCAAAGUGGCAGUGUACGCGCCAGAGCGACUGCACAGGCAGCAUAAAAACGUGCUUGGAGAAACACGAAAAUGAUCACAUGAUUUCAAGCUUCAAGAGCAAGAAGAAAGCACAGUGAAAGGUGGAGAAGAUGGAUGGCAGAGGGAAAGAUUCAGAGGCUCACUUUGUUUAAGUUGUCUUGGGAGACAAGCCAGGAUACUGGGCAGUCUCUCUCUCUCUCUCUGAGUUUAAACACAUUUAUAGAGGAGACUUUCUGGUGAUUACUACUGCAUGGGUGAGGAGAUCCAACUCUGAAAAAGACCCAGCUUGUUGCAAUUUUAAAGGAGGUGUUCCAUGUGAUGCAUUAUGAACCAGUACUGCUUUUUGAUUUUUUAAAAAAGAUUUGAAGUAUAUUUGAGGCUGAAGAAUCUAAGACCCAGCUAUUCUGUACACAUGCAUAGACUUGAAUUGUAACAAAGUGUAUGUUUUCUAAUUAAAUUGCAAGC